AUGUUUGUGCAAUGGAAUAACUGUACGCAUAUUCGAAAACGUUUAUUCCCAUUUAUGUUUCAAGACCUUGGAAUGGGAUAUGGUAAAGAUUUUUUUCACGUUUAUUACUUGGGACAAAAAAUAUCCAAUGCUAAUGCUGAUUCAUUUGGCGUGUUAUCAGACGGCUACGCCGUAGACGCGUUAAAUGUUUAUUAUAAGGGUCAAGAAGUAUCUGGUGCCAAUGUUUACACGUUUCAAGUGAUUGGUCCGGGAACAGCCAAGGAUGCAUUUUACGUGUACCAUGCUGGAGAAAGAAUAAAACGAUUCUGA